UGCGCGUAAAGUUCCACGCUUCACCUAAGGCUUUGUUGUUCGAAUAUUCGUCGCGUCUGUCGACAUGUCUGAUUUCAUGGACGAACAAUGGCUCGACGAACCGGGUGAAGUGAGCGGAGACGACGCGGAAGAGCAACAAUACGAAGGUUCGGAGCAGUCGCGUUCAAGUGACGAACUACGUGAAGGAGAAGACGACGAAGACGAAAGCGUCGAGAACGAGGACAUCAACGUGUUCGAGAGCAUUCUGGCAGCGGAAGGGCCGGAUGUUGACGAUUUUGCAGCCGAACUGAAGAAAGCUGAUGAGAAGGCAAGAAAACCGUCUCGUACUCGUACACGUGGCAGAGCUGCCUCGACUCAAGAUGCUCCAGACAGCAAGCGGAGACACGGGAAUUCCAACAGCCCAACUAAACGCGAGUCUUCUGGUAGAGCUGCUCGUCGAACGGACACCGAGAAACACUCGGAACACACAGAACGUUUGACUCGUGGUCGUCACGUUGAUUCUAAGCUCGCGAGUUCACGAUCGGCUGCUCCUGUGUAUGAGGCUGACGAUCGCGAUAGGGUGAGAGACAGGGAGCGAAAGGAACGUGAGCUGAAAGAGUUGGAACGAAAACAGAAGGAACUGACGCAAGAACUGGAGCUGGAUAGGCAGCGUGAAGAGGACAGACGAAAGAAACGAGAACGCGAGAGGGAGAGAGAACGAGAACGAGAAAGAGAGAGGGAACGAGUCAAGCCACGAGGCGAGACUCGAGAUACUCGAACGAGAGACGCGAGAGACACCAGAGAAGGAAGAUUGGCCGUACGACGACGAGAGGAGCGAGAGCCAGUCCGGCCAAGAGAUAGAGAUCGGAAAGAAGACGAGAAGCCACGAGGCAGAAGAGAGGAGAGGACAGCAGUUCAGCGAAAACCCGAUCGCCCAAGAGUGAGAGAGACAACAGAAGUAGCUCAUACGCCUCGUCGGUCACGAGAGCUUGAAGACAAGAAAAGCAAGAGUCCGUCAAAUCGCAGCCAUGACUCAAAACGAGAGCCCGACACCGAAGUCAUCGAAGAUGCAGUCGAAGUUGAAGAGAAUCCUAUCGUCGAUGGCGAUGAGGCGAGUCAGAUGAUAACAGUAGAAGAAGACAGUGUGAUAGACGACGUACCCGAAGAGUCAAGCGAGAAAUUCGAAGUUGAACACGGACCGGAAGCCGAACCAAUUAGCGGCGAUGAGAUCGGCGACAGUGAACACGAACCCGAACUGAGGGAGGAACUAAUGGAAGUAGAGACUGUAGACGGAGGAGAAAAGGUGGCCACAGAAGUUGAUGUGGCGAAGACUUUACCACAGAACGUUGAAUCCUUGGAACAGGAUGCUGCAGACCAGGAGCAGAAGGUCCAGAGUCCGGGAAAGAAUGUUGAGAGAGAGGAGAUGGUGGAUGUCGAGGAGCAACCGGGAGAGGAGAUUAUGGAGGGUGACGUGUUGGAAGAGGUGGAUACGGUCGAUGCAGGGCAGGAGGCUGAGUUGCCGAUAGAGAAAAGGUCGAUAUCUCCUAUUGUAUUUCAAGACAAGGAGAUGAAACAUAAACCGAAAUCGGUUGCUAAGCUGGCUUCACCAGAAAGAAAGAAAGACUCCCAAAGAACGUCAGACAGCAACAGUCGCAGCCAUACGAUUUCCAGCAGCAAACUGUUUCACAACACUCGCUACUUUGUCAUGAAGAGUAUCAACCAUGAGAACGUCCAGAUUGCCAAAGCAAGGAGUGUUUGGUCGACUCCGCCGAUGAACGAGAGGAAACUGAACAAAGCGUUCAAUGAGUGUGAGAAUGUUGUUCUGAUUUAUUCGGUGACAGAGAGUGGAAUGUUUCAAGGAUUUGCUCGAUUACAAUCAGAGUCAAAGCGCAACACGUCUCCCGUCCCCUGGCGUCUUCCUGCAAGCCUCAGCGCUCGUCAACUGGGCGGAGUUUUCCGACUGCAGUGGAUAUACACGGGAGAGCUCAGCUUUGGCAAGGUGAUGCAUCUGAAGAACCCGUGGAACGACAACAAGCCGGUGAAGAUCAGUCGCGACGGACAGGAAGUGGAGCCUAUUAUUGGCGAAGAGCUGUGCCGUCUCUUCUUCAAGGAAGGGACGAAUAACACCGCGCAUUAUCAGUUGAUGUCUGGUCCAGUCGAGCAACAGGGUGUGAUGCCGGGCUGCUAUCAUGCGCCUCCGUUACCCGUGCCUCAGUCGCAUAGCGUGCCGAGUAUGCCGAGCUAUGUGUUUGGCGGGAGAUCGGGAAGAGGGCCAGCGAGCUACGUGAGCCAAACGACGGCGGCGGUUCACUCCAGCCGCCGAUAUGCAAGGAGCAGAUCCAUCUCACCGAUAGUUGCGAAGAGAAGACGAGAGGAGAAGACAGAAGGUCGUGCACACCGGGAGUCAAGAAGACGACGUUCGAGGUCGAGGUCGACUUCUCGGGAAAGGCAGAGAAAGGACAAAGGGUCGCGUGUCAGCAAGGAAUUUGGUGUAAGGAAGGAUACGAUCUUGCAUGGGUCAUAUGAGGACUACAUUCGAGAGUAUCAGUCGAGGAGUGCAAGCAAAGCGAGCUUGUCAUCUGGCUUUGUUCAUACUGUCUACUCGUAUCCAAGCAGCCGAUAUUCAGACAGACCGAUGGAUAAUCGAGCGUAUUAUGCCGCCUGCGAUGACUUCUUGGCGAAGAACCGGUCGCGACCGGGCGGCUCGUCGGGCACUAGCCACAAGAGCAGUAGACACAGAUGACGACAGGAUGCACUAGAUUUGGUUUUUUCAAACUGUACAGUUGUUGACGUCAGUUAUCUGAACCUUGUUAUGUUACAAUACGACUAUAUGCAAUCGUAUAUGUCUAACUAUAAGGUGGUGGUAAGGUAGUUGAGAGUCAAUUUUAACACACAACUUGUUUGCCA